CAAGGAUUCCCAGCACGUAGCGUUGGUCUUUGAACUUUCUUGACCCAAAAAUAACUUAAGGUGACAAAUAGUGUUAUCUUUGGGCCUCCUAAGCCUUCGGAUGGUCACAGAUUGAUCAAAGUCGACUAGAACCGAAACUUGAAACCUUAUGCGCCACACGCUUGGCGCGCUUCAGAAAAGGAUUCAGUGGUUAAACACUGAUCUCAACUUAUAGUUGUUCUUAUUUGAACUGUGAUCGAACGGAUCAUUUUUUCUGUGCUUCUAACGAAUAUUUUGCAAGCCAAAAAGCUUUCGAAACUUCAAGGCGGGAGAUUGUUGUUUUACAAGAGAUUAUGUCGGCGAAAUUUUUAGCAAGGGUCCCGAUCUUAUGGUUAAGUGGUUGAACGAUGGAGGUAAACAGCGAUGGAAGCGAUGAAGAACAGAUAUUUUACGAUACGGUUAGAGAAUAUGUGAUAUCUUUGCUCGUGUUUAUCAUUUUGUAUGGAAUUUCUCAUGCCAUCCUAAGCACCUACAAAAGAAGAAGAGAUGAACUUGAUUCAGACGAUGAAGAUGCAUUUGUUUAUCGGAUAUCCUUUUGGUUAUGUACGUUCACCCUCACAGUGUCCCUUGGUGCUGUCCUUCUGCUUCCAAUGUCCAUCUUCAGUAAUGAAAUUAUGAUCAUGUAUCCUAACAGUUACUACAUCAAAUGGCUCAAUGGUUCUCUUAUUCAUGGAAUGUGGAACCAGAUAUUUUUAGGCUCAUACAUGUCACUCUUUGUGGCUAUCCCUUUUGCCUACUUUUUCAUGGAGUCAGAGGGAUUUGCAGGAUCCAGGAAGGGUAUUAUGGCUCGAGUCUAUGAGACAUCAGUUGUUCUGAUUCUACUUGCAAUUCUGGUCACAAGCAUUGUGUGGGUAGGACUAGCAUUGAUUGACAGAGGACGCACAACCGAUGAAGAGGCCUGGGUUCCUGGUCUUCCAUUCAUAUAUUCAUGCAUAUCACUUCUUGGAGCCCUGAUGCUUCUGCUCUGCACACCUGUUGGAUUUGCACGGAUGUUCACUGUCCUGGGCCAAUAUGUGGUGAAACCUCAGUUUCUUCGAGACCUGGACAAUGAAAGAAGUGCCAUAGAGCUGGAGGAAGAGAGUGUGAAAAGGAAAAUGAAUGGUUAUAGCAAUGGAAUGACCAUGCACAAUGGCAUUGAUCACAAUCCAAAUAAAUUAAAACAACUGGAGGUUCAAAGACUGGAGCUUGAAAGAAGCAUCAGAGCAUCAUCGUUACAAAGAAAUUGUGUUUAUCCAAUCCUACUUCUUACUUUGCUGCUUUUAACAACUAGCUGCAUGGCCAUGGUUGCCCUGAAUGUUCUCAGCUUGCUGUUUGUUCAUGGAGCCCUGCCCAAGAAAUCCACGGUGCUUGUGUUGGGUAAGGUAUCCUCAUCCAUGAUGGGAACAUUCGGCGCCCUUCUGGAGAUCAUUCUUAUUUUUUAUUUAAUGCUUGCGUCACUAGUAGGCCUGUACAGCGUUCCAUACUUUUCACGCCUGCGUCCUGCAGUACGCGAGACUACCACGACCAAGGUGAUUGCCAACUGUAUAGUCUUAUUGAUCCUUAGUUCAGCUUUACCAGUUCUGUCCAGAACACUUGGUAUAACCAAGUUUGACUUGAUGGGCGAGUUUGGCCGGCUUGACUGGCUUGGUAAUUUUCGUGUGGUCAUCCUAUAUAACCUGGUGUUUGAAGUAUCUACUGCUUUCUGUUUGGUUAACAAGUUUACAGCUUCGGUGAGACACGCUUUGUACGAACAGGUUCACGUUCCAACUGUACAGUUCUUCCGGCGAUUUCAACCCAAAGUGAAAGCGUCGGCUUAAAGGGACGUGGUAUUGUUCUUUCAAAGGCUCAAAGACUGAGUUCGGUGCCAUAAGUAGUUGGAAUCAAGAAGUUUAUUUCCCGCAUGUCAUGUCGAGGUCUGAAGUUAAAGAGGAACGAAACUUUGCCGAUCAUCUGAACGCAGUGACGAAUGACAACGAAAUUAUCCGAACAUUGAAUUGCAUCGAUAUUAUGCGUGCAUUUACUGAAGUGAAGACUUAAUAAUGGAGCUACCACAGAUGACACGCAACAAGACGAAACUGAGUUGAUAUGAAGGAAUUUGACUUCAUAACGUCGUCGGAACAGAUAUGAAAGAGCAAUUCAAUUGCCGAUGCUGUUGUUUUUAUAGAUAUACCGGUGAUUUUGUGUUCGUGAUCUGGAGUCUACACAGAGUUUAGAAGUACGUAGAACUCUUAAGACUGAUACAGUUUUGUUCAAGAUAUAGAGAAAGCAGUAAAUCUUUCAUUAUUCUUUCUCUUUAGUGAGUAUAGGCACCACAGAGGAUCACGUAGUCAACCAUUUUGUUUCCUAGAAGAUCCUUCUUGGUUGGAUAAACAAGGCCGAAACAGGACUUGUAAAUGACGAGGAUAUAAGCCUGUGAUUUCAACAGGAAGAUUAGGAAAAAAAUUAAAUUCCUGAACGUUUUUUUUUUCUACUAGAUUGAAAUAACUUAAAUAAUGGGUCAACUUUGAUGUUAGUCGUUCGUUGAUUUUAUUUAUUUCUUUCUCAUCGUUGUUCCUGCUCAGAACGAAUUUUUGCAGUCUGGGCGUGAGUCAUGCUUACAUUCUGACUUAACUAUACACAAGCCUAGUUAUAGAAUAGAAAUAGGAAAUAUGCAAUUUAACGUAUGUACAGUUGAAUUUUGUUACCGUAAAGUUUCGUAAUAACUUUAUUCUGGUAAUAAACAGAACAAAAAAAAUUUAGAUUUCUGUUUUAGAAUUCCCGAAUUAGAAUAUGCAAUUUAGAACAUAUUAAUUCUACUGAAGAUAGUUGAUGAGCUAUCAGGGAUUUGUUUUCAUAAAUGUACCACAUAACUAAUCGACUAAAGAUGUAUUUUCGUAGAGAGGUUAAUUAGCUUCCCUUUUUGGCCUUAAAAUCUUCGCCAACGGCUCUGCAGGGUGCGAAAAGUAAUAGACAAAGGAGUUUGAAAAUUAUGGUAAUUAUAAUUCACCAGGGCAGGAGGAGACUUAUCACUCGCGUUUUCCCGUGGCUCAGGCAAUUUGCUUAACGCUCCAUCAGGUAGCGCUGGAGUAUGUUUUCAUAGAAUGGCGAUUAACUGUCGAGGUCUUGGGUGAAACUAGUUUUAAUUUGUAAAUCGCGUAGGCACUGUUUGUGUGUCGAAACUAAACGCGAAUCAGGAUUACAUGUUUUGAUUCUUUUUUAAAUUUUUUAAACGUUUACUCUGGCAGUAGUUUGAUGCUCUACCUAUACCUGAAAUAGCCAGAUCUCAAAAUCGCUUUCUACUCCAAUUUUUCAAUUUGGAUGUAUCAGCAAGAUGCGGUUGCACAGUUUACGAAACUUGUUUUGAGCAGGUACUGGGAUUGCAAUAUUUAGCAAGCUUGACAGAGUUAUGCUUGCUUUCCUUAAGAUGCCUUGUUUGGCGUACCUAAUACUGGAGUUUUUUACAUGCGUCAAUGCUUCGCUGUUCUCUGAAAUGCUGUUCCAACAACCUGAUAGGAAUUUGUGAGAUAGGUACCAGUGGCGGUUACAUUAAAGGAAAUUAUUGGGGCGGUGAUACGAA